GCUCAUAGACUACUACUUCUAUUGAACUGUAAUCGUUGCAGUAUUGUUGUACCUGUUAUAUUUUAAAGCCACUGUGCUAAAACUGCUAUAUAAAUCCUGUAUUAUAAUAAUAAUAAGAGGGGUGUGUGAUGGAUGUUGGCUAUAAUUGGGUCAGAGGGGUGGAGGUGGAUGUGGUAUACUUGGACAGAGGGUUGGUGAUGGACGCGGUAUACAUGGACAGGAGGGGUGGCGGUGGACAUGGUGUAUACAUUGGGGACAGAGGGGAGGUUGGCGGUGGAUGAGGGUAUACUUGGAAGAGGGUGGUGGCACAGGUGGAAAUGUGGGUAUACUUGGAUAGAGGCGGUGGCAGUGGAUAUUGAUAUACUUAGGAUAGAGAGGUGGUCGGUUGACGUUGGUAAUCUUGGACAGAGGGGU